UAAACUCCAAAUAAUUGAAACAACACUCGCUUCGUGUUGUGCUAUUUUUGAAAGAGGGAAAAAGAGGGUUUAGGGUUUUGUGAGCGAGCGAGAAACGACACACAGUACACGAUGAGCAUGAGCAGGAGCUUGGGGAUUCCGGUGAAGCUUCUCCACGAAGCGUCGGGUCACGUGGUCACGGUGGAGCUCAAGAGCGGAGAACUCUACCGAGGCAACAUGAUCGAGUGCGAGGACAAUUGGAACUGUCAACUCGAAAGCAUCACCUACACUGCAAAGGAUGGAAAAACAUCACAGCUUGAGCAUGUGUUUAUUCGAGGCAGCAAAGUCAGGUUUAUGGUCAUACCAGACAUGUUGAAGAAUGCUCCUAUGUUUAAGCGUCUUGAUGCAAAAAUCAAGGGCAAAGGUGCAUCUCUUGGUGUUGGUAGGGGAAGAGCAGUUGCAAUGCGAGCUAAGGCUCAAUCGGCUGGCCGUGGAGCUGCACCAGGAAGGGGUGCACCACCAGUGCGGAGGUGAUCACAAAAUCUAUAGUCUCUGUUGUCUCUAUUUUCCCUGUUUGUUAAGCAUGAUAUUUAGUUUGUUGAAGGAGUUCAUGAGGGAAAGAAAUUCAAAUAGAAAGUGCUUAUCCAGAUUCCGUAGAACACUGACUUUAUGGACAGUACUGAAUGCCAAAUUUAUUCUCUUCACCUCCACUCUUGAUCUAGUAUUGUUUACCUGGCUGGUAGAAUUUUCUCUAAGGCAGUGUUUGGCCA